AGCUGCUCUCUCUCCUCUCUCUCUCUUUCUCUCUCUCUGUUUGUUUUAUUAAAACGCUUUCGGGAUGUGAUCCCGCCCCCUAUUUUUUUUUUCCAAGAGUGAAACUGAUGGUUUCUCCAGCUCGGCAAGAGAGAGUCAUUCGUUUGGGAUUGUGGGAGGGAAAGAGAGAGAGAGAGAGAGAGAGAAGAGGAGGAGGAGGAGGAGGAGGAGGAAAAGGGGGAGGCCAGAAGGAAGAGAAGCUGUGCCGGGCGCGUAGUUUUGUAUCCUCCUUCCUUGCCUUUCUCGCGCUCUUCUCGUCUCCCCCCUCCUCCUUUCCUCAGUCCCUGCCAUCGGCGAUGCUACAAAGCCCGUGAGCUGUGCUUUCCCCACUCGCCUCCCGUCCCUUCCUGCCUUCCUGCCUUCCUUCCUGGACCAGCCCGCUGACUUCUUUCCCUCCGGCCACUUUGGCCGCCUCCUUGCGCGCUGAGCCAGGCAGACACGCGGCCAAGGCGAGCGAGCGAGCGAGUGGGCUCCGGGCUCCUCAUUGGACUGGGGCGCAAGGUUGCGUGUCUCCCUCUCCCGCGCCUGUGCGUGGCUGCGUGUUGAAACCAGCUGGCGAACAUCUUCGGAGACGGGAAGAACUGAAGGCUGCCUUUCCCCUCCCCUCUUCUUCUUCCUCUUCUUCCUUUUCCUUCCCAGUCUCUUCAGUGUCUCUUCCCCCCUCUUGUUCCCAAGGAGGGGAGAAACCCAUCUCAAGGACUAGCCUCAGCAUCCAAACCUUUGCAAUCAGGAACGGAUGCCUGGGUCUUUGAAUUGAGUUGUGGAAGUGCUGAAGGAAAAAGAUUGGUUUGAGGAAAGAGAAAAGAGGAAGGAAAGAGAAGAAGAAAAUACACAAGUGCAGGAACGAACGAGAGAAGAAAAACGGGGACUAUGGGGAGAAAAAAGAUUCAGAUCACGAGGAUUAUGGAUGAACGUAACAGGCAGGUGACAUUUACGAAGAGGAAAUUUGGGUUAAUGAAGAAGGCUUAUGAGUUGAGUGUUCUGUGUGACUGUGAGAUUGCUCUAAUAAUCUUCAAUAGCACCAACAAACUGUUCCAGUAUGCCAGCACUGAUAUGGACAAGGUGUUGCUGAAGUAUACAGAGUACAAUGAGCCACACGAGAGCCGAACAAAUUCAGAUAUUGUUGAGACGUUGAGAAAGAAAGGACUUAAUGGCUGUGACAGUCCAGACCCUGAUGCAGACGAUUCAGCAUUGAACAAGAAAGAAAACAAAGGCUGUGAAAGCCCCGAUCCCGACUCCUCUUAUGCCCUCACCCCACGCACUGAAGAAAAAUACAAAAAAAUUAAUGAAGAAUUUGAUAAUAUGAUCAAGAGCCAUAAAAUUCCUGCUGUUCCACCACCUAACUUUGAGAUGCCAGUUUCUAUACCAGUGUCCAAUCACAACAGCUUGGUAUACAGCAAUCCAGUAAGCUCAUUGGGUAACCCCAACCUUUUGCCUCUGGCCCACCCUUCCAUACAGCGGAAUAGCAUGUCUCCUGGUGUGACACACCGGCCACCAAGUGCUGGUAACGCAGGUGGCCUGAUGGGUGGGGACCUCACAACCGGUGCAGGCACCAGUGCAGGGAAUGGGUAUGGAAACCCCAGAAACUCACCAGGUUUGCUGGUCUCACCUGGCAAUAUGAACAAGAAUAUGCAAGCAAAAUCUCCUCCUCCUAUGAAUUUGGGGAUGAACAACCGUAAACCAGAUCUCCGAGUGCUGAUUCCACCAGGCAGCAAGAACACAAUGCCAUCUGUGUCUGAGGAUGUCGAUCUACUUUUGAAUCAGAGGAUAAAUAACUCUCAGUCUGCUCAGUCAUUGGCUACCCCAGUGGUUUCCGUGGCAACUCCGACUUUGCCAGGGCAAGGGAUGGGAGGAUACCCAUCAGCCAUUUCGACAACAUAUGGUACCGAAUACUCGCUAAGUAGUGCAGAUCUGUCAUCGCUCUCUGGGUUUAACACAGCCAGUGCUCUCCACCUGGGCUCAGUAACUGGCUGGCAGCAACAACAUCUACAUAACAUGCCACCAUCUGCCCUCAGUCAGCUGGGAGCUUGCACUAGCACUCAUUUAUCUCAGAAUGCAAAUCUCUCCCUGCCUUCUACUCAAAGCCUCAACAUCAAGUCAGAACCUGUUUCUCCUCCUAGAGACCGUACCACCACUCCCUCGAGAUACCCACAGCACACGCGCCACGAGGCGGGAAGAUCCCCUGUUGACAGCUUGAGCAGCUGUAGUAGUUCCUACGAUGGGAGCGACAGAGAGGAUCACCGGAACGACUUCCACUCCCCCAUUGGACUCACCAGACCUUCGCCGGACGAACGGGAAAGUCCCUCUGUGAAGCGCAUGCGGCUCUCUGAAGGAUGGGCGACAUGAUAACAUUAUUAGCUUAUUAGAGGUUUUUUUCCUUGCAGUGUGUGUGCGUGUGCGUGUGUUAUACCUUAAUGGGGAAUAGGGAGGGAGGGAAGGGUCAAUAUGCAUUCUAUGUGCUGUGUGUGUGGGGAAAAAAGUCAGGUACUCCGUUUUGUAAAAGUACUUUUAAAUUGCCUCAGUGAUACCAUAUUAAAGAUAAACAGCAGUGGCUGAGAUAAGCUUCGCACUUGAGUUGUACAACAGAACACUUGUACAAAAAUAGGUUUUAAGGUUAAACUUCUUUUCACUGUUGUGCUCUUUUGCGAAAUGUAUGUUACAAUAGGUAGUGUCAUGUUGCAGGUUCAACGUUAUUUACAUGUAAAUAGACAAAAAAAAAAUAAUAAAAUAAAAUAAAAGGAAACAUUUGCCCCAUGCGGCAGAUCUUUACUGAGAGAGAAAGCAGCUGUUAUGCAACAUAUAGAAAAAUGUACAGACAUUUUUGGGAGACCCAGAAAUUGAGUGACCAAGAAGAAGAAGGAGAAAAGAAUAAAAGAAUCUCGGUCACCUAUUGCACCUGAAAUUCUCGUAAAUGUGUUGGCAUAUCGUUGGAGUAUGGCACUCAGUUAAAUGGCACCAAAACAUUUAAAAGAGAACCAUACUUGUAAAAAAAAAUAAGUUUUAAGGUAAACCUAUUUAAUUUUUUAAAAAAUUCUGGGUCUGCAUCACUUAUUAAAUAAAAAUAUAAAAAUAUGUAAAUUACAUUUUUCCUUAUUUUCAUAUCAAAAAAGUAAGACAGAGUUUGCAAAGCAGUGUGGCUUUUUGUAGUCUACUUAAGCCAAAAUGUGGAAUUUUUCCCCUUUAUAAGCUUCGCCAAUAUUUUAAACAGCCCUGAAAGAAACAAAGGGGACUUUUUUGUAUAGAAAGCACUACCCUAAGCCAUGAAGAACUCCAUGCUUUGCUAACAAGAUAACUGUUUUCUCUUUGCAGAAGUUUUGUUUUUGAAAUGUGUAUUUCUAAUUAUAUAAAAUAUUAAGAAUCUUUUAAAAAAAUCUGUGAAAUUAACAUGCUUGUGUAUAGCUUUCUAAUAUAUAUAAUAAUUAUGGUAAUAGCAGAAGUUUUGUUAUCUUAAUAGUGGGGGAAUUAUAUUUGUGCAGUUGCACAUUUAAGUAACUAUUUUUUCCUUUUGUUUUCUUCUUCUAAUCUACAUUUUACAGAAUCAAUCAAUCAGCUGUUGAAGGCUAAUCUGCAAAAGAUUAGAAUUUUCCCUUCCCAUAGCAGCCCACAUAAUCCUAACAUACUUGCAGUCAAUUUUGAGAUGCAUUGUAGAUACUGAUCAGCUCCAUUAUAAGCAGUCUGACCAUUUGAUCAUAUCUAAGGCCCUUUUCUUACAUAAUUGAUGUCUUGCGUAUCUUGCGGUUUUUUGCUAUUUAGAUCACAACUCGGCUUGUUCCUUCAUCUUAUCAAUGUAACAAAAGUGGCAUCCUUCUCUGAUUUUGUUUAGAUAAAUUGGGAAAGUCCCAUAUUCCCCAAAAUAUGGAUGUGUGGUAGCAUCCUUGAAGGUGAAAAUCUAGUGAGAACGUACCACAAAAUAGAAAUCCCCAAACCAAAACUUUUCUACCCCAAAAUUAUUCAUUAUUUCAGAUAUCCAGGUGAGCUAGUUCUUAAUAGAGACCAUAUCUGAUAAUUCAGACACAGUCAUGGGGACAAGGAUUGCAUAUAGUGUCAAAACCAUAAGUUCUAAAUCUCAGGGUGACCAUAAAUUUUGGGCUGCUUAUGCCUGAAAGCUGAUUCACGCUUGCAUGUAGAUCACUUCCAGCACAAUCAUAUAUAUGUUUACUCAGAAGUAAGUCUCAUUGAGUUCAGUGGGACUUAUUCUCAGGUAAGUGGGCACAGGAUUCCAGUUUGGAUCACUCACCAGUUUGCUGCUCAAGCACACAGAGCUGAAUAGAGCGAGCCUUUCCACUGAAAAAUACUGGGUUUGAGUUGACACUUCUACGUAGUCUGAUGUUAUCAAAAUGUGUUGAAUUAUAACAGCAGAUAUUUUAACCCUAUCCCACUACUCCACAUUCCAUUAAAGGAGAGUAUAGUUGAGUCACUUUGUAGAACAUAGUUACAAAAUACGUCCUUGUGUUGCAAUUGGUUUCUGACAGUUUCUGUAUGAGAUCACUAAUAUCUUCAUAGAUCUCAGGGUUUUAUGUAACAAGGUAAACCCAUAGAUUGCAGAUAACCAUUAGACAACAGUUAUUCUGUACUGCUUUUGAACCUAUUAUUUUUUCCACACAUAGAGGGAAAAUCAAUGUAGGUUAUGUCGAUAAUAAAAACGACCCACAAGGAUUAGUUUGAUCAACUACUCUCCAUGCACUGUCACUCGAUUUCCAACUGCAGACUCUUAAGUCUGUUUUAAAUAUAUAUAUCUCCCUAGUUCAGUACAUAUUCUAUCACAUAAUGUGUUUAGUAAUUAUAGAACUGCACUGCAUAAAAAGCUGUUUGUUCCAAAGGCCUCUUUCCCUUAUUGAUUUAUUACUGAAUUUUGAAGGCAAAGGUCACCAAGAAGAGUGGUGAGAAGCCCUUUUCCUGCUUGCAGGUGUGUGGACAUGGUCUAUGCUUUCUCAGCACAGUGUGAGAGGCAUUCUUGUAUUGAUAACAGCCUUGAGCACUUGAAACCAGAAAUCUCACAUUGAGAAGACAUCCUAGGCCCCAGUCCUGCGGAGCUGAGUAUCCUGUGAAGGUCUGGAAGUGAUGCAAUACAUUUUAUUGUUUAGGAAGGAGGAGGGGUCAGAAAUAUGACAUGGGUGAUAUUUGAGUAAUUUUGAAUCUUUCAGUGAAAUCAGCCAAUGGCUCCUGUAGAUGCUGUUCCCAACAUUGCUCUACCUUCCAUUGCCAGUAUAGAAAAGAGUUGAGAGGCUGGAGGAAAAACUUGGAAAUGAUACCUGUUGAAUUAUAAUGCUCAGAAUAUACCAAUUGGUAGGACCAGUGGAAAUUUUGGGAGCCGUAAUCUAAACAUGUAACUUCCCAAAGCUCUGAGUAUAGGAUUGCCUGACCAAUAUUUUGUCUGUACAUUACUGGUUAGUCCACUAUAACAUCCCAGAACCAAUGCAAGAAUCACAUUGUGAAUUUUGUCCAGCCUAUCUAUCUGGCAUUGUACAAAUUUCAGUGUGCACCCUAUUUUCAACUGAGAAAUGUGAAAGGUUAUGUUUGGUGGAUUACACUUGCCACUAACAGUUAUUAGAUCCAGUUCAUUCUUAUGGACCAUCAGAAAUAAGCAUGAGGAAUAUAGGUGAAAGUUGCCAUGAUUCCCAUUUUAUUGUUAUUACACAAUACUAUCUGCAAAUGUGCAUUUGUACUUGCAUAUCUGCUUCCUACCUAUAGCUUGGAGUUUUGUGAUGUGAUGCUGACUCUAGCGGUCACUUUGACCCAUCCUAAGUAUUUAUUGGCUGGCACAGAAAAUCUUAGGAGCAUGCUGAGACCAGCUCACUAUCACACAUAUUUGUGAUAGAGAUUUUUUUUUUUUUUGCUUUAAUCAAGCAUCCCUCCUGUAGGUAACUGAAAAAAGAUACGCACACAUUAGAAGUGAGAAUGGGGCCUGCAGCAAACUAAGUUUACAAAUUAUUUCGCUCAUCUAGACAUUUACCAGUACCCACCUUCUCCAUUUGACAACUUUGAUGUGUCUUAAAUAUGCAAUAUGUCACAAUUGUACCUUGUCAUUUUUUAAAGAAGAGAGAGAGAGAAUGAAUGUUUGGCUUAUCAGGAUUUUUCAAAGGAAACUGUCAUUGGAGUUGGUAAAAUCAGUGAUCUGACUUUGAAGAAUAGCCAUAUGACUAGUCACCUUACACAUGCCUCGGUACAAGGAAAAACACACCCUUGAGCUUCUGAAGGGGAGCUGAAACGUUAUGUUAGAUACCACAUUGUACCUACACACAAGUAGGUGCAAUGGAAGCAAGCUCAUAUAAUGAGAAUAGGAAAUCUCUUGCAGUUAUGACCUUCAUUUUUUUAAUACAGCCACAAAGUUGAAUCAUGUAAAAAUGAACACCCGCGUCCCUAUCCCUCCUGCUACUAAGCUAAAGUGCGGGGGCAAGGAGGUUGUGGGUCAAUUCAUAAUUGUAAAUGGGGUUAAUGAAUAAAGAAGCACAACUUUUAAUUGUGAUGUCGCUUUCUAGAACCUUUAGCUGUCUUUCAUGUUCCUUUUAUCCGUACCUUAACCAACUGUUGCAUUUGCAAAGAUACUUUUUGGGGCUUAUUGUGUGGUUCCUUUAUAUUUAAGCAGUUUGGGGCAGCGCCCUGAAAGAGUAUGAAGAUUUUAUUCAACCCAAGCCGUGCAAAGUUGGAGACAAAAAUGAGAUACACCUUGAGGGGUAUCUCUUCCCAUCCUUGAGGGCACUAAGCUGACCUUUUUUUUUUUUGGAAAGGGCUUGUUCAUGAGGUUAUUAAACCUAAUAAAGAAGAAGUAAAUAAUUGCUGGUGACAAUGAUAUGAUACAUGCCAGCCUUCCUUCCAUUACCCAGAGCCCUCCAGAUAUUCUUGACUACAAUCCCCAUCAUCCCUGUGCUGGUGGCAGCGAGUGUGAGUUCUGUUCUAAGGCAUCUGGAGGGCGCAAUGUGGGGAGGGAAAGCUGAAAUAAACAAUCUGCACAAAUUUGUAUGUUGUAUGCAUUGAUGCCUUUCCCGGUGAAGCUUUUAUAUAUAUAAAAAAAAACAAAAUCAGUGUUUUUUAAACUUUUAUUUGUAACCAAAUGGUUUCUAUUUUCCCCAGAAGUGGAAUUUAAAUUUUUUUAAUGAUUACUAUAAAGAUAAUCUGCCGUUUCUCUGAGCUUUUUUUCAGGCAAAGCUUAACAAAAAGAAUAAAACAACUGCUAUGCUGUUUUCAAGAAUGUCAAUAACCCCUUUGGAUUGUUUGCCUUUGUCAUAGCCUAUCUACCCAUCUUCCUAGUAGACACAACAAUGUGGUUUUGUUUUUUUUCUCUUCUCCUUUCCCCAGAAGGCAAAUGCUUUGUCUUUGUUUCCCAAAAAGCCACUUGAAACCUCAAUAAAGGCUGUUGCUUAAACACA